AUGGAGCGUGGUUCGGAACCAGCCGUGGCAUUUCUACUGCUCCUACUAUCCACAACACUCACCAACGACAAAUUCGACGUUCACAUCUUGAAGCCACAGCAUUUCAUCAAGUGUCUACGUCCUGAACUGAUGCGAGCCAUCACCUGCAUUCUCAAACAUCCAGUCGUCGUUGACUAUACGGCUGAAACCACUGGACUGAGCAAAACAGAAACGGGACAUUUGAGUUGGAGUGACGAGUUGUUUACAACACUCGGUUGUCUACAACUGGAUGCCGACUAUGCAAUUAGCUGUCAAGUCACUUCCGAUAGAUAG